AUGUCGGCCACAGAAGCCCCGUCCUCUCCGGGCCUCGAGACGAGAGACGUCCAGCCUACCCAUGAACAUACUGAGACACCGACCCCAAUAGACCUCCUAGGCCAAACACAGGAUGAUGGUUUCUCCAAACCAGACAGCAGCCAGACAGAAAUUAUAAGCUCGCAAAACGCUGCAGAGCCAUACGCUACCGAUGCCUCCUCAACUUCAACCGCGAUAGACUCGAAAAUACCUGCCCAACCGCAAUGCCCAGCCGAGCAACAACCACUUGCGGAGCAGAUGGAAAGACUGGGAGUGUCAGAAUUUACAAGUUCAGAUUCAUUGUUGAAUAGAAACACACCUCCUCCACCUCCACCUCCACCCCUUGAAAAAGACAAUGUCUAUCUCAGGACAAGCUCGGCGCCUGCGUCAGCACUCCCACGUCUCGAUACAACCUCGAGCCCCAGCCCCGAGAAAGAGCUCCCAGAAGUGCCUGGCGACAGUGAUCCGGAGCUGAAACAAUGUCCCCGGGAGGAUAAUUACUCGCAGCCGGAAAUUCAAAAUAUUAUGGGACAAUUUCAGGACCCCGCACGAAGCGCCGACCAAAAGGAGAUCAUGUCUCCAAGGCUCGAGCUUGCUGAACAGUUCCGAGGGGGCCCAAACCAUUUCCCACCUCGCAAAUCAAGUUUGGAUCAUCCGACUUCUAUCGAGUCAGCGGCCUCUCCGGUCCCUGCAACUCCGGCGACUCAGCCUGGAUCUCAUUCUCACAAGCCCGAAUCUCCAGUAUCAAUCCGGCGAUCAUCCACCUCGACAGUUCCACCACUUCCAGAGCCAGAGUCUGAUCAACCGUUUGAUUUCCAUCGGUUCCUUGAACAGCUGCGUCACCGCACGGCCGACCCCGUGGCUAAGUUCUUGCGUUCGUUUCUCAUGGAGUUUGGGAAGAAACAGUGGAUGGUUCACGAGCAAGUCAAGAUUAUCAGCGACUUCUUGACUUUUAUAACAAAUAAAAUGGCCAUGUGCGAGAUCUGGCGAGAUGUGUCAGAUAGCGAAUUCGAUAAUGCCAAGGAAGGCAUGGAGAAACUCGUUAUGAAUCGCCUAUAUUCCCAGACCUUUGCGCCAGCAAUUCCGGCCCCGCCAACUAUACCCAGAAGUGCGAGUCGGAGCCGACGAAGAGAACUUGAGAGGCUGCAUGGGCCAUGGCGACGCGGUCAACACCAAGAGGAUAUUGAACGGGAUGAUAUCUUAGCCCAGAAAAUUCGCAUUUACGGCUGGAUCAACGAAGGGCAUCUUGACAUCCCACCUGUGAGCGGCGGUGGGCGUCGUUUCUUAAAUCUAGCACAGCAAGAAAUCUCAAAGAUCAAUGGCUAUCGCGCUCCCCGAGAUAAGGUCAUUUGUAUUCUGAAUUGUUGCAAGGUAAUUUUCGGUCUUCUGAAGAACUCCAAAAAGGGAGAUACAUCCGCAGACUCAUUUAUCCCUCUCCUGAUCUAUGUGGUUUUGCAUGCAAAUCCGGACCACCUUGUCUCCAAUAUCCAAUACAUUCUUCGUUUCCGCAACCAGGAUAAACUUGGUGGAGAAGCCGGGUAUUACAUCUCAUCGUUGUCCGGAGCCAUCACAUUUAUCGAGUCCCUGGAUCGCACCAGUCUGACCGUCAGUGACGAGGAUUUCGAACGUAAUGUCGAGGCUGCUGUGUCCGCCAUUGCUGAACAAAACCGUGAAUCCGAAACGCUUGACGAAAAGCCCUCAGCCCAAGCCCCUCCAUCCCAUGCCCAGGCAGGACCCAGUCGCAACCCAGCCCCACAGUCCAGUGACGACGACACAUCUGCUCCGGUCGCAGGACUCCUACGCACCAUCCAAAAACCCCUUUCUACCAUUGGCCGCAUCUUCUCCGACGAACCAGACUCGGGUUCUUCUGCUUCCCAAGACCGCCUCCACCCCGUUCCGCCACCCCAGCCUGGUGUCGCUCCCCCCCCGACUCUCCCCGAACGUCUAUCAGCCCCCUCGUACAAGCAGCGAGGACGCGGAACCUCUGCGAAGAAGAAACUCACCCGCGUACUCAACGCCCAAGACGCUGCCGCACGUCAAGCUAGUGCCGAAGAUGCCGAGGCGCGUCGCAUUCAGCGUGCUGAACAUAAUAACGUUGUCGAGACUUUGUCAAACAUGUUCCCCAAUCUUGAUCGGGAUGUCAUCGACGAUGUCGUGAAGAUAAAAGAAGGAAGAGUUGGUCUAGCGGUUGACGCUUGCCUUGCUCUCAGUGCAGAGUAG